AAUCUUUGAUCCUUUUGAUCGCGACGCAGAGCUCCAACCACACCUCAUCCCGCCGCGACAAAUUUCCCGUGAGAGCUCACCAGAUAUCAACCGCGCGGCCGAGAUCACCUGCACCAUGACGUCCACAAUUGGCAUCCCGAUCAAGCUGCUGAACGAGGCCGAGGGCCAUAUCGUGACCCUCGAGAUCACCUCCGGCACAACCUACCGCGGCAAGCUCCUCGAAGCCGAGGACAACAUGAACGUCCAGCUCAAGGACAUCACCGUCACCGCCCGCGACGGCCGUGUCUCGCAUCUCGACCAGGUCUACAUCCGCGGCUCGCACGUCCGCUUCUUCAUCGUCCCCGACAUGCUCCGCAACGCACCCAUGUUCCGCAGCCGCAACGUCAGGGGGAGAGGUGUCGGUCUCGCGAGGGGGCGCGCGACAGUCAGCAGGGCGCGCGCCGGCGGCCGGGGGCGGUAGAACAAUGCAUCAUCAUCGUCACCGGAAUGGGGUACGAGGGACAUUUGCGUUCGGCGUUUGGGAUGUGUGUAUGUUUUUUGGUCCUUAUCUGUUCAGAAUAUGGCUGGCCUGCUAUGCCAGAGUGACACCUCAGGAAACCCAAGGGGUGGUGGGUGCGUGACAAGACUUUUGCGACUAGGAAAUGCACAAAGAAAGGGCAGCAUG